CAGUUGUACAUCCCCCCCUGCCCUUCCAUCAGCUGUGUCUCUCCCCCUGCCCUUCCAUCAGCGUGCCUCUCUAUCCCAGCCCUUGGUCUCACACACAGCCCUUCUGAAACGCAGCCCUCCCGCAUUAUAAACCCACAAAAAUCGACAUGCGACUAGAAGAGGUAGAAGAAUUUACGCGCCACAGUAUGAAUCCUGCGCUGCACUGCAAAUGAACUGACUUCCGGGUUCCGGGUUACAACCGGAAGUCCUGUGAGUAGGAGAGACGUCGGGGGUGCCCACCCAGUUCCAUAGCUGCAGGGCUGAUCGCCCUAUUGCCUUUUUUCAAAAUGCAUUGCAGAACAUUGAGAGGAGUUUUACUGGGGUUUUGUUUUCUAAACGCAAGGUAUCACUACUGAAAACCAUGUUGGAAACAAUUGAUAAUCAUCGAGCCUUACAGGCUGUUGAGCGAUUGCAGGCAAAAGUACGAGAGCGAGGGGACGUUGCUAAUGAAGAAAAGCUGUGUUUGUUGAAAUCUGUGUUGCAAAGCCCUCUUUUUAAUCAAAUUUUCAGUCUACAGACAUCAUUGCAGCAUCUGAGAGAGCAGGUACACGUGACCCCUCCCUUAUCAACAGUAUCAGAAUUUGCGCAAGUAUCUUCAUAUGGAUCCUCCACUUUUUCUACACUUCAGAAUGAAUCUUAUACGGUGGCCCAACAAAAUGGCAGCCCAAUUAACUCAUCAGAAACCACAACUAGAUCCAUGUCUCCACAAAUUAAUGGUAAACUUGGUAUUGAAAAUUUGGACCAAAUCAUCAAACAAAUGGCACAGGGCCGUUACAUAGAAACCAUGGAUUUACUCAAGCCUCAGAGUGGUAGCCUUGGAUUCAGUGUGGUGGGGCUAAAAAGUGAAAACCGAGGUGAACUCGGGAUAUUUGUUCAAGACAUUCAGGAAGACAGUGUUGCACAUAGGGAUGGUAGAUUAAAAGAAGCAGACCAGAUCCUGUCUAUUAAUGGUCAACCUCUUGAUCAAACAAUUACACAUCAUCAAGCAAUUGGCAUCUUACAAAAAGCAAAAGAGCAAGUGCAACUAGUGAUUGCUAGAGGACCAUUACAACAGCUUAUCGGCCCUGGCAUAUCCCGUUCACCAUCGGAGGCAAGCACAGUUUCUGCUCUUUCCAGUCCUAUGCACUGGCAGCAUGUAGAGACUGUAGAACUGGUGAAUGAUGGGUCAGGUCUUGGUUUUGGAAUUGUUGGAGCAAAAUCAACUGGAGUAAUCGUGAAAACCAUUGUGUCAGGAGGAGUUGCAGACCAGAAUGGCAGGCUCUGCAGUGGAGAUCACAUACUGAAAAUUGGAGAAACCGACCUUGCCGGAAUGAGCAGUGAACAGGUGGCACAGGUAUUAAGGCAAUGCGGAAAACGGGUAAAGCUUGUUAUUGCAAGAGGCCCAUUGGAAGAUGCCUCUACAGGAGUCUCUGUUGGAGUUCAGAUACCUCCUGCACUACCAUCUGUACAUGAAACUCAAGUGUGUGAGGGAGAAAUGAAAGAUGCGGAUGGUGAAGCUUUCGAUGUUAAACUGACAAAAAAUGCUCAGGGUUUGGGCAUAACUAUUGCUGGAUAUGUUGGUGACAAGGGUUCUGAACCUUCAGGAAUUUUUGUAAAGAGCAUUACCAAAGGCAGUGCUGUUGAGCAGGAUGGAAGAAUUCAAGUUGGAGAUCAGAUAAUUGUUGUGGAUGGAACAAACCUUCGGGGAUUUACCAACCAGCAAGCAGUGGAGGUUUUGCGUCACACUGGGCAAUCUGUUCAUCUGACUUUAGUAAGAAGGGGUCUGAAACAGGAGGCCUGCAUCCCACAAAUAGAGGAGCCUAGGAUACUUACUGAAAGUGGACAACCUUUACAAAAUGCAGACAGUAGUGAAGAUAGCAUCCCUAUAAUUCAUUCUUCAUCUUCAUCAGUUACAAACAGAGAAACACAGUCUCCAGCAAAUUGGUCAAGUUUACAAACAGAGGAAGAAACUCAAGUGAAUACUGAGGAGGAGGAGGAUAUAAAAAGCAAAUGGCAAAGGAUUAUGGGAGUUGACUAUGAAGUUGUGGUUGCACAAGUAAACAAGUUCAGUGAAAGCAGCGGAUUAGGCAUAAGUCUGGAAGCUUCAGGUGGUCAUCAUUUCCUAAGAUCUAUUUUACCAGAAGGACCAGUGGGUCGCAGUGGCAGCCUAUAUAGUGGAGAUGAGCUUUUAGAAGUUAAUGGGAUUUCUCUUCUUGGUCAAAAUCACAAAGAUGUUGUAAAUAUCUUAAAGGAAUUGCCCAUUUGUGUAACCAUGGUGUGCUGUCGACAAGUAAAAUCUCUCAAUAGUCCGCUUGAUGGAAAAGAACAACACGUGUCUGAACAGGAGAAUGAUGAACCAGAAAGGCUUCAGGAAGAGGAUUUUCCUGAACCAUUACCUGCACUGUGGAAAAUUCAAGAGGAUAUUCCACUGCCACAGGGCCUGAACACUGAUUCAAAGCUGCACAUUGACUUUGGUGGUGGGGUUGAGUCUUCAGAAACAGAUGAUUUAAACACAGCAUCUACCGAGGAUGUUCAAAGUAUUGAGGAUGCCCAGACAUCUCCACUUGCAAUGUGGGAAAUCGAUGUUCAGGAUAUCCUAUUGGAAAAAGGAAGUCUUGGUCUUGGAUUCAGCAUUUUAGAUUAUCAGGAUCCUAUUGACCCAGCAAGUACUGUGAUAGUAAUUCGCUCUUUAGUUCCUGGAGGUGUUGCUGAACAAGAUGGCAGGCUUCUUCCUGGAGAUCGUCUUAUGUUUGUCAAUGACAUCAAUUUGGAACAUGCCAGUCUCGAAGAAGCUGUUCAGGCAUUAAAAGGAGCUCCAACAGGAAAAGUUAGCAUUGGGGUUGCCAAGCCAUUGCCUCUGUCACCAGAAGAGGGUUCUGUUUCUGCUAAGGAAGACACUCUUUUCUACACUGCACAGUCUUAUGCAGAGGAAGGGCUUUAUGAUGCUCCUCUUUUCCAUGCUGAGUUAGCUCUGGUGGAGACAUCUGAGGGUGACUUGACCAGUGAGUCUGCUAUAGAAUCCCGAUUUCCUGCACAGGAUGAUAGUACAUUCCAUGCUUCUCUGUUAGCUUUACAUGGAAGUGCAUAUAAUGACGAUCUCACUGAUGAAUUUCUUCCAAAGGAUGUCUCAGAAGAAUCAUUUCUGGAUACUACAUUUAAUUCAGAAAUAAAUAUGGAAUCGGCAUCUUUCCCCAAACCCCUUUCUGAGAAACAGCUUUGGGCCACCUCUACACCAAUGCUGGAUUUCAAACUACCUAGCAUAGAUUUUUGCAACAUGGAGAAAGAGAAUCCAGUAAACAGCCCUUCACCUGAACUGAAGGAUCAUUUUGAUGUAACUGCUUUUGAGAAGCAAAAAGAAGAUGUUUCUCCUGCAUCAUGGAUAAAGUUCAGUGAAAAUUCUGUUGACACACCUGCUGAUUUUUCUUGUGCGGAGUUAAAGGAUAAAGGUUUUUCAUGUGGCAAACAAUACUUAGAAACAAAUGAGCAUUGUUCUACUAAUACUUUAAUUAAGAGCAAGUUUGAAAAAAUUAUUUCUGUAAACCGAGGCAGCAGCAGCUUAGGCAUGACAGUGAGUGCUAGUAAAGAUGGCGCCGGAAUGAUUGUUCGCAGUAUAAUUAAUGGAGGUUCCAUAAGUCGCGAUGGGCGGAUCAGCGUGGGAGAUUGCAUCCUGAGCAUCAAUAAUGAGUCCACAGCAAACCUCACCAAUGCUCAAGCGCGGGCUAUGCUGAGAAGACAUUCGUUGCUUGGACCAGAUAUAAGAUCUUCUCCAGCACCUGCUGAUGAUCAGGCCCCCUUUUAUGUUAUCACUUAUGUACCAAGUGAGCACUUGGAAGAAUACAGAGCUUGCCUGGGACAACCCAUUGAAGGGAAAGUGACAGGAGAACUUUAUGGAUCAAAUACAGAAAGUUUUGCUCCAGAAUUGCCUGAACGAGAAGAAGGAGAAGGGGAAGAAAGUGAGCUUGAGAAUGCCACAUAUAGCAAUUGGAACAACCCAAUAAGGGUUGAACUUUGGAGAGAGCCGGGUAAAUCUUUAGGAAUCAGUAUUGUUGGUGGUCGAGGAAUGGGAAGUCGUUUAAGCAAUGGCGAAGUCAUGAGAGGAAUCUUUAUCAAACACAUUUUAGAAGAUAGUCCUGCUGGGAAGAAUGGAACAUUUAAAACUGGGGAUCGAAUUGUAGAGGUGGAUGGAACUGAUCUAAGAGAUGCAAGCCAUGAACAAGCAGUAGAAGCCAUAAGGAAAGCAGGGAACCCAGUUGUGUUUUUGGUUCAGAGUAUUGUCAACAGAUCAAGGCCUGCAUCUGUGUAUUGUUCUCCAUCUUCCUCUGCUUUAAGAGAACACCCAACUACUAACCCUUUUUCUCAUACACCACCCAAGAAACCAGCCUUGCCUUUGUUACAGAGCACAUUUGGUACUAAACCCCUCUUCAGGUGCACUAACCCAUUUGCUGAUUCUUCUCAGCUCAACAUUAACAAGGGCACAAUGAAUCCGGUUAGAAUUGCCUUCCGUUGUUCCCCAACUAACCCAUUUGCUCCCACACCAUUUAAGGCAUCUAGUAGUUCUGAUUCUGAGACAGAAAAGACUUCUUCACCUGUAAUGGGACCCUCAACAUUUUCCUCUAUAAACUCGGAGAAGCCUCAGAUGACCAGCAACGCAGCCAUCGCAGACCCAGAAAAGGAAGAUGAGUUUGGUUAUAGCUGGAAGAAGAUAUCGCAGCGCUAUGGGAACUUGCCAGGAGAGUUACAUAUGAUAGAGCUAGAAAAAGGAAAAACCGGUUUGGGACUGAGCCUUGCUGGAAACAAAGACCGUUCGCGAAUGAGCGUUUUCAUAGUGGGUAUCGAUCCAAAUGGAGCAGCUGGCAAAGAUGGUCGUUUGCAGAUUGCUGAUGAGUUGUUAGAGAUCAAUGGGCAAAUAUUAUAUGGAAGGAGCCAUCAGAAUGCCUCAUCAAUUAUUAAAUGUGCACCUUCAAAAGUGAAAAUAAUAUUUAUAAGGAACAAAGAUGCCGUUAACCAGAUGGCCGUCUGCCCUGUAAAGGCAACAGAACCAAGUUUCUCAAGCUCUCCAGUAUUUUCAGAGAUUGAAGAAGAAAGUGUCCCAAGUUCUGUUCGCACAAUAAAUCUUGGAUCCUUUAAAAAUGUUAUGCAUGUGGAAUUGCCAAAGGAUCAAGGUGGUUUAGGCAUUGCCAUCAGUGAAGAAGAUACUAUAAAUGGCGUAGUUAUCAAGAGCUUAACUGAUCAUGGUGCAGCAGCAAAGGAUGGGCACAUCAAGGUGGGAGACCAUAUAUUGGCUGUUGAUGAUGAACCAGUUGUUGGAGACCCUAUUGAAAAGGUUAUUUGUCUACUAAAGAAAGCAAAAACAACUGUGAAGCUGACAAUAAGCUCUGAUGAAAAGGACAUUCCACAACUGCUUCCUCUUCCUUCAAUUACAUUUACUUCCAGCACAGGCGAGAUCAAAAAUGGACAACAGUGUCUACCACUCUCCACCUUCACAGAACCUGAGCCAGUUCGCAGUUCAAGUAGAUCUUCCACCCCAGCUACAUUUCCCUCUGAUCCGUCCACUUGCCCUAUAAUCCCAGGAUGUGAAACCACCAUUGAUAUAUCUAAAGGGCGAACAGGACUGGGACUUAGCAUUGUGGGUGGUGCUGAUACUCUUUUGGGGGCGAUUAUUAUCCAUGAAGUUUAUGAAGAAGGUGCUGCUUCUAAGGAUGGUAGACUCUGGGCUGGUGAUCAAAUUCUAGAGGUGAAUGGGAUUGAUUUACGGAAUGCUACUCAUGAUGAAGCAAUAAAUGUCCUUAGACAGACACCUCAGAAAGUGUGUCUUACUGUAUACAGAGACGAAGCUCAGUACAAAGAAGAGGAUAUGUAUGAUGUAUUCACAGUGGAACUUCAGAAAAGACCAGGCAAAGGUCUCGGGUUAAGCAUUGUAGGAAAAAGGAAUGAUACUGGAGUAUUUGUGUCGGACAUUGUGAAAGGAGGCAUUGCUGAGCUAGAUGGGAGGCUGAUGCAGGGAGAUCAACUAUUAAUGGUGAAUGGAGAAGAUGUUAGAAAUGCCACUCAGGAAGCUGUCGCUGCUCUGUUAAAGUGUUCUUUAGGUACUGUGAAACUGGAAGUUGGUAGAGUCAAAACCGGUCCAUUUCACUCAGAAAGAAGAACAUCUCAGAGCAGUCAGGUCAGUGAAGGGACCAGUAGUCUUACGUCAUUCAGUUUUCCGAUACCCGGAACAGCAGCGGCUGACUCUGCUUCUAAAAAGAGCGACACUUCUGACAUUCAAGGCCUGAGGACCGUGGAAAUAAAAAAGGGGCCAUCAGACUCACUGGGAGUCAGCAUUGCUGGAGGUAUUGGUAGCCCUCUGGGAGAUGUACCAAUUUUCAUUGCUAUGAUGCAUGCAAAUGGAGUUGCAGCCCAAACUCACAAACUCAGGGUUGGUGACAGGAUUGUUAGCAUAUGUGGGCAAUCCACCGAAGGAAUGACUCACUCCCAGGCAGUCACCCUCCUGAAAAACGCUUCAGGCGCAAUUGAACUACAGGUGGUGGCCGGUGGGGAUGUGAGCGUGGUAACCGGCCAGCAGCAAGAACAUGUGGGGUCAACUGUCAGCUUCUCAGGACUCACGUCAAGCAGCAUUUUACAGGAUGAUUUAGGACCACCACAAUACAAGGCAAUCAUCCUUGAGAGAGGACCAGAUGGCCUUGGUUUCAGUAUUGUAGGAGGGCAUGGUAGCCCACACGGUGACCUGCCAAUAUAUGUGAAGACAGUGUUUUCAAAGGGUGCAGCCUCAGAAGACGGGCGCUUGAACAGGGGUGACCAAAUCAUCGCUGUGAAUGGACAGAGCUUAGAAGGAGUGACUCAUGAAGAAGCGGUGUCUAUCCUUAAGCGAACAAAAGGAACAGUCACACUGACCGUGCUUUCCUAAUGCCUCCAGAACAUUUCUAACCAUCUGGGUCCCAUGUUAUAGGGAAUCAUUUGGUAAUGCUUCAUUUAUAUUUAUGUAUAAGGAGAAAGUAGUCUGUUGUAGGUCAUUUGUGCAACAAGCAGUAUUUCUAGCAAUCAGAAGAAGUAUUUUUAGCAAGACAAUGUCAUUAGACUAGCUUGCUAUUCCACCAUAGUAUUAAUAGAGCAUUCUGCUAUUUCUGUUAAUCAAGUACAGAUUGUUUUUAUCGUGAACAAAUACGUUCCUGGCAAAAUCAGCCGAAGGUAUAAUAAAACUACUGUGAUUACUACAAAAGCUGUAAAAUGUGAAACAAGUGCUGGGCAAACAUAACAAAAGUCGUUUUAAACUGAGUAUUUAGAAUAAAACACCCAGUACUGUGUAAAAGUUUUUAGGGACGAUAUAUAAGUGCACGGAAACUUAAACUGUGUCCUUAAAAACACCUCCAUGUUUUGAAUGUCUCCCAAAAGUAACACAGGAACUGUGAAUGCAUUUGGGCAUUUUUGAAGCAGUAUUUCAGUAUGAAUUCUUCUGCACGAUCUAAUCAUCGAUGUGUUUACUUCCUUUAACAGCUAUAACAUAUGUCACAUUAGCUGGUGCAGUUUCAACACUGGAGGUUUAUUUCAAACCAUAAGGAAAGCAGUAAAGGUAAUGGUUUGUAGCAGGGAGCGUAAUGGUUAGCUUUACUGCAGUGCUAAAUACAAAAUGUUUCUAAGUGUGACAAAUCUCAGCUGUGUUAUCGGAGUAUUGGUCAGCAGUGCAUUCUGCAUUUAGUAUUAGGAAGUUUCUCUUGUGGGAAAUUAGUUUGGUAUAAUAUUUUGGCGGGUGCACUCUUUAAAAAAAAAAAAAAAGUUUAUAUAACAUUGUGCUAUCUAUAUCUUGUUUCGACUUUAGCUCUUUGCUGUCUCUUACAAUCAUAAAUUACCCACAUGCUGUAGGUCCCAAAUUUAAAAAAAAAUAAAAUGAAGGGACCCAGGUAUAAUACAAAACACUGUGAAUCUAACCCACAGAAUUAUAACCCUUUCAGGUGCAAAGAACUAUAUCUGACUGGGUUCAAGUAUUUAACAAAUUCUUUUAGCAACUUGUCAUGGCAAUCAGAGCUCUACCCAAACAGUAUUUGAGAAAUGUGACCUCUUUUAAAUACUUA